AUGGGAUCCUACGAAGAUCAAGCGUCAACAUCUCAGUUUACACAAUACGAUUCUUCUUCCACUGUUCAAACGAAUGGAGUGGAUGAACAGACUCCCGUCGAAGAAAAUGUUUCAAGUUCCGAAACACAACCACAACAAUCCGAUUUAGAACGUUAUUGGGAUAUUGUCAAGUCUAAUCCAGAUGAUUUUACAUCGUGGGAAUACUUAAUACGCGUUGCAGAAACCGCUGAAGGGGGUCUCACACAACAAUCCCCACCCGAAAAUAUAACAAAUAUGCGUAAUGUUUUUGAUCAAUUUUUGGCAAAAUUUCCUUUAUGUUUUGGUUAUUGGAAGAAGUAUGCGGAUUUCGAAUUUAAUAUUCAAGGUCCAGCAGAAGCAGAAAAGAUUUACGAACGUGGAGUUGCUGCUAUAUCGAAUUCUGUUGAUCUUUGGACACAAUAUUGUUCUUUUAAAAUCGAACAUUGUUCGGAUGUAGAAGAGAUUCGAGGGUUAUUUGAACGCGGUGCUUCCCAAGUUGGCCUUGACUUUUUAUCUCACUUGUUUUGGGACAAGUAUAUAGAAUUUGAAAAAUCUAGGCAAGCUUAUGAUAGAGUUUUAAAAAUAUUGAGCAGAAUUAUUCGUAUUCCUAUGCAUCAAUAUGCAAGAUUUUUCGAUGACUUUACAAACAUAUGUGGAACGCUGCCAAUAAGUGAAUUAAUCUCUUCCGAACAAUAUGCACAGUUUGAGGAAGAAGUGCGAACAGCACCUCCAGCUCCUCCUGCAGAGGGAGCGGAGGAUGAGCAAUCUUCUUCUUCUCCCGCAGAAAAAGUAGAAAAAACGGAAGAACAAAUACAAAAUGAAAUUCGAACACGUAUUUAUAAUAUGAAUGUUGAAACUUAUAUGAAGACUCAAGUUGAAACUAAUAAACGUUGGGUAUUCGAACAAGAGAUCAAGAGACCUUACUUCCACGUAAAAGCGAUGGAUGAAGUUCAGCUGAUAAAUUGGAGAAGAUAUCUUGAUUUUGAAGAAAGUGAAGGAGAUGAUACUCGAAUUCAAGUUUUAUAUGAAAGAUGUUUGGUUGCUUGUGCUUUGUAUGAGGAAUUUUGGCAAAGAUAUGCCCGCUGGGUUAUUUCAAAAAAUCGACUUAAUGAUGUCCGUAAUAUAUAUGAAAGAGCCACAUCAGUGUUUAUUCCAAUCAGUCGGCCAAGCAUUCGUUUAUCACAUGCUUGUCUUGAAGAACAGCAGGGCAAUAUUGAAGAGGCUAGAUCAAUUUAUAAAAAAAUCCUGGAUUCUGUUCCAGGACAUGUCGAAACUAUAUUGAAAUAUGCUCAUUUUGAAAGGCGACGUCAUCCUGAUGACCUAUCGAUUGCUAUCGACGUUUUCACGUCUGCAUUGCAAAAUAACGCGUUAGAUGAUAAGUCAAAGGCUUUCGUUACAGUACAGUAUGCGAAGAUUUUAUGGCAUAAUAAAGGUUCAGUGGAAGAGGCUCGCCAAAUAUUUCAACAAAAUGCCUCUAAAUUUGUGGAUAGUAAAUACUUUUGGUUGAAUUAUUUCAACUUUGAAUUAUUUCAGAAUGAUUCUGAGACGGAAACGAAUUUAAAAAACGUGUAUGAUUUAAUUCGAAACACUUCGACACUUUCUCCCGAGUCGAUACGAGAUUUUUCGCACCGUUAUCUCGAUUUUCUCUUGGAACGUGGCACAACGAUAGCUACUUAUAACAAAAUCGAUGUAGAAUCGAAUGGUCCCAUUGUUAUACGUGCUACUUUGGAUACAAAAAAACGAGGCUUAGAAGAAGACCUCGAAAAACCUGCAAAGCAGGUGAGAAUUGAUGGGGCUGUUGAUAGUGCUUCAAUUACGGGUGCAUCUCCAACACCGACUGCACCUUAUGUCGCGCCAAGUUCGACGCAACCCCCGUAUUAUCCACAAGGCCAAUGGGGCACCCCUGGAUAUACUGGGUAUCCAGCGCCUAAUGCUGCUCAGCAG